CGAUCAUUCCUGCUUGCGUGAUAGAGGAGAUGUUCUCGAAAGCAUGGACCGAAUCACGGCCAUAGUUACACUGAUGGGCCCGUGACGAACUAUUUUCCCGGCUUGCAGCUUAUGUGUUCGAUGCUUGGGCGUAGGAGCGAGCGGCAAGAGGGGCUUUAGCGGAUCCACCUGAAGACCACCUCUCCCAGUCGAGUAUCCAACAAGCGUGUUCCCUUGGCUGGCCAUCCAUCCGAUAUUUCAAUUCCCGAUAGAAAUAAAAACGAGCAAUCGAUGACUGCACUCACGAACGAAAUGGACAUGAACGCCACGCCCAUCUACGCCGGCGAGUGCAGCACCCGCGUCCGCGCUUCCCUGCAGCGGGGCCAUCCAUGCUCUCGCUCGCGUGCCUCACGCUCGAGAGACGUGUGCUGGCCUACAGCUGCUGUCUCUACUGAGCAGAGAAAUCUGGAACAACUUGAAGGAAGCAAGCAAAGGAGGAGGCCAAGGAGAGUGAAAGCACACGGCACGUCACGGCUCAGGAUGCCGUUAACUUUGGUCGCGGUGGCACUGUUUGGUGCGACUGGGAACUUCGCAGCGCAAACAGCAGCGGAUCCAGCAGCUGCCCAGCGCUGGGGCGCCGCCUCGGCCCUGCUUGGCGGCCACCUGGUGGUGCACGGAGGCAAGACGUCAGCAGGCGGCGGGUUCACAUUCACCAGUGCGCCGGAUUCGGCUGAAAUUCUCACUCUCGACGUCAGCCAGCCGUGGUCCACGUCCAGUCCUCCCUGGCAGUUACUCAAUGCGUCCACUCCAUCGCUAGCGACGAGCUUCCACUCGCUGACGCCGCUGGGCGCCAGCGAGCUGCUCCUCUUUGGCGGAGAAACCCCGUCCAGCUCUCCUUUGCCCAGCGGAAAUGACAGUGCAUACAUUCUCACGCUUGCAGGUGCAAGCUCGCUCACUGCCAAUCUCACAGCUGCGCCGGCGAGCUGGAACCAGCCGCAGCGGCGCCGGUUCCACGCGGCUAUGAACAGCGGCGGUUCGCAAGUCUGUAUCAUCGGAGGCGAAAAGACGGACGGAUCGGGCACGUACCUAGAUGAACUGUGGACCUUCUCAUAUCCCGCCUCGGGCUCCGCGUCAGCGCUGAGCGGUGGCAGCUUUGCCCAGGGUAAUGCAGGCUCUACACCGCCGCUAGUAAACGCAGCGGAUGCAGGCGCAGGCGUAGGCGUUGUUGAUGGCACGCUGACCAUGUUGAGCGCCGGGCCAUACGCAGGACAGCUGCUUGCGCUGGGUGGAAGCAACGCGAGCGGUACGACGAGCAGCCUUGUAUCGUUUGAGAGCGUAGCGCUAUUCGACCCAAGCAAAAGCACUUGGUCGUCUGUCACGACGGCCAACAGCUCCGCAGCCGGCUUCCCGACUCCGAGACGCGCGCACAUCGCUGUCAGCCUGCCUGGCGGCCGCAUCUUCAUGCACGGCGGCGCAUCGGCAGACCUGACGGCGGCGUAUGCCGAUGCUUGGCUCCUUGAUCUCACUAGCGCCAGCUCGCAGCCGACAUGGUCACAACUGACUGCAACAGGCGGUCCAUCAGCGCGCUAUGCGCACACAGCCAUCGCAUACGGCGCAAAUGUGGUCAUGGCGUUCGGAUGGAGCGGCAGCAAUGCUGCCGACAGCGCAGUUUACGUCUUUGACGGUACCGCCUUGGUGUCCUCUGGGUCUUCUUCAGCGACUACAGGCGCAGGCGCCUGGAGCGGUGGCAGCUGGUCGACGAAUUACACGCCUGAUCCAUCCAUCUCAUAUGGCGGCUCCGUUGGCAGCGGCGGUACGAGCACCGGCGACAACAAUGACUCUUCCUCCUCUGGUGGCGGAACGAACACGCACAAACCGACGCACAAACCCUCCUCCAACCCCGGUUCCAAUUCGGACCAAAGCGGCAAGGCGAGCUCAGGUCAGAAGGCUGGUGUCGUCGUCGGCGCGCUCGUCGGACUCGGCCUCGUCGCUGCAGGUGCGGGCUACGUUGUCUACCGCCGUGCACACAAACAUCAGGACUGGAGGCGUGGAGACGGCGCGGCUGAGCUGCUAGGCGGUCCGGUCGCAGGCGGCGGUGGAGCGGACAAUGGCUACGCUAUGGAGAAGGGCUAUUUGGCGCAUGACGUUGGCAUUGGUGGCUCAGGAGGAGCAGGUCUCAAGCGUGCUUUCUCCAACGCGGCAGGUAACAUCGGCCAUGCGAUUGAAGGGUCUGGUCCGGCGCUGCACAAGCGUCUGGCCCUCUUGACCGGCAUCGGGAUCGGCGGCGCAGCCGCUGCGCAUGGUCAGACGAGGUUCGACAUGCUUGCGGAAGAGGAUGAAGAUGACGAAGAGAUGGCGGAGAUGCGAUACAGCGAUCGUACCGAUGCCCUCUACCCGCCACCCGGUGGCAGAAGCGGCAUAGCUAGGGGCAAGCACAAGAGCUCACCGUUCUAUCCUGGUGCAGAUAACUUUAACGCAGCGGAAGAUUUUGAUGAGGACGAACAUGCGUACGCAGCCGGUGCACACCGCAAGGAGAUCUCAUACGGCAGAGUAGCCCGGAACGACAUUGAUGUUGACGACCACGAAAUUGGCGGCAGCGACCGAUACUCUGGUGCAUGCGCCGCGCAGUAUGUGACAUCCCCAUUCGAUGAUCCAUUCGAAGACGGAGACUACGCGCGCAGUGAAGACACGCACGGCGCCAUUUCAGCGCAGUCGCACGCUCUCUCGUCAACACCGUCGUCUGGUCCAACGCUCGGUACUGCCACGAGCUCCGGCGGUCGCAGCUACAGCUCGCGCCCAAUACCGUCCUUCUCGGACGCAACCGACUCCCCGCGCGCAGGAGUGGGUGGCAACAAGCGCGUGCGUGGCCCGCGUGCCUCGCCUUCCGUCGCUAGUGGCAUGAAACGCAGCCCGACGUGGUGGAACAGGUUGACUGGCAGCAUGCUCGAGCGCUCUGCUACCGCUCGCCCCCUCUACGGGCCUGGCUCAGCCGAGCCAAUUCGCGACCCAGCAGAGCCACCAACGCUGUCGAUCAUCGCUGAAUCACCACGCGUCGGCGGCGGGGCCAGCGAGAGCGAUUCACUCGCUUAUGUGCAUGGAGGUUCGCAUUUCCGACGGUCGGAAGGCGUUUCGGAUGGACUAGAUGGGAUGGGCCAGCCGAUCCGUCGGUCCACCUCGCUCGCAGCGAACAAUUGGUUGUCGAAGCGCUCGCACAUGAAGUCCCUCUCUAGCUUGCGUACAGCGAACAGCUCGCUGCUCGAAGCGCAGCUGCGCUCGAUGGACGUUGUCCAGCGCGUGCGAACUGCGAGUGACAAUGAAGCAGGGCGUACGGAGAGCAUUCGCACGCACUCAGCGAGCGAAGCGAGCAGCCUCGAGUAUCUCAGCCGAUAUGCGAGUGUCCGUUGCGACUCUUCACAGGUCGUUUCCCCGUCUGAUGACCAGUCCACACCUGGCUCGGUCAUCUGGGAUCCAAGCCAAUGGCGCAAUCCGCAUAUCCCCGCCGCUUUGCAGGAGGAAGUGUCGGACACUGCCAGUCUCCCAGCCGAAACAGGCGAUACCUCUGCAGGCGAAAUUGCCCUCGGAGGGUGCAGCGUUGCUCCCCCCGAUUCGCAGCGUGAUAUUCGGGCACUGCCAUCGGAAGCAGAAAGCAUCACGCCAGCGACGACCAAGCGCGCGCGCGCGAAUCCGCUUCUCACUUCUCCGCUGAGCCCCAUCUCGGUCAAGAAGCCCGAUCCCCCGCUGGUGGGAAGCGUAAAAGAGCGUGUACAGGCGAUCGAGAGCAAGAACAUUGGCCGCACUUCCGAUGUGGAGCAAUUGUUCAGUCCCCUCGUGUCUCCUUCCCGCUCGCCAAAUGCUGUGUUGUCGCCGAUCAGGAGCCCGAGGCGCGCGAAAGAAGAGAUGCCGCCGACUGCGACACAGCGCGAGAAGGUGAAGUAUGUGCACGGGCUAGCGCCCAAAGCGCAGCUCUUCGUCGCCAAUCCCGAUCGCGAGGGCAGUUCAUCGUCGUCGUGAGAGGCACUCAGCACAGAAUCUUGGCAGCCCUUUACAUGACCGGGACGCAAGCUCAUUCUGCAACAGCUUUUGUAUCUGCCCGCACUACAUGUAGACUACAGUGGAUUCCAGAUGGACAAUCAGAUGUUUGACCUGUUCGCC